GGGGACAGCGGAGGGCGCUGGGACCUGGAGGGGACUCUCGGGCCUGCCCGGGGCAGCAUGUGACUCCGACCAGGUUUCAGCCCUGAUGGAGGCUGAGGGGCCCCAGCAUGGAGCAUCUACUCCCAAUACUGUCAUAGAAGAUUUCAGAAUUAGUCCUAAAGCUAUCAUGAGGAGCAGUCAGGUCCCGGCUUUAGAACCUGAAACUCAAGGACAGGACCCAUCCUACAAGUGGACUGACAGACACACACCCUUGGUGAACCAGCCAAAAGAGCUAAGGGCCAUGAGCCACUGCACACCUGGCAGUGCACCGUUUUUCUUCAAGGAAGAUUCUUCAGAUGUGGAGACCAUUCAGGGAGACUUUGUGUCUGAGGCCUAUGACACUCCAGAGCAUCAGGAAGCAGCAUCCCACAGCCUGAAAGACAGACUAGCAAGGACAUUGGCUCUCCCAGAGCUCUGGACCUAUGCGUUCCAGGGGAAGUGUCUAGACAUAGCCAACGAACUUGAUGGCAGAAUGGACAUGGCACUGAAGCCGGAACUCGCUGCUUUCACACUGGGAACUGGCCAAGCAGGAGAGGAGGAAGAAACCUCUCUGUAUACCUCGGCUCAUACAGGAUUAAGGCCUCCCUGUGAAAAGCACCCUGUUGAGACCUACCAGUCUGAGGGCUCUGGAAGUGAACCUCUCUGGCAGGGGAAACAACUGCAGUUGAAGGAAAAUCAAGGGCAAGGCCUCGUCCAACUUCAGGAGGCCCAAUGGCUGGAGGAACAUGAACAACACGAAGUGGAAUUUCAGGAGGAAGGAACUUUGAGGGAGGACAGUUGUUCUGAUGGGCUUUGGGGAGAGCAGGAAGAGAUGGUAGAACAGGUUAAUGGUAAAGAAGAACAGCAGCAAAAGUGGAAACAGGUCCAAGACUUUAUGACGCUCGUAGGACAAAGGGAAAGAGAGGGGCUUGGUAGGGAAACGGAAAGUCUGAAUUAUGGAGAGCUGGGUCAAGAGGACAAGAAUAGGAAGGCUCAGGGUCAGAGAGCUCCAGAAGAGGGGGGACAAGGGGGUCAGGAAUUAAGGGAAGCAGAAGAGCUUGGUAGAGUAUCUCAGUAUGCAGAGAAUCAAAGCUCAGUCAGGAAGGCAGAGGAUGUAAGUGGAAAGCAAGAUCAUGGUCAAACAGGAAAAGCGAUGUCACUAGGGGACCAAGAGGAGGUGGUAGACUCAGGUGAAGAGGAGCGAGAGGAUGGGAAAAGGGGUGGGCAGGGAGCGGUGGAAGCAUGGGGCACAGAGGACAACCGUGAGCACUGCAGUCCUUCCCCAGUGGCUCUGGUAGCCUCUGAGGUCCUUUCUCCGGGUGUGUUGUUUCCAGAUGUCUCUUGUCAGACUCCUGGUGUUCAGAGGGAUCCUGUGCCUGAGGAACUGAUCCACAGAACUCCGACUCCUACAUUGGAGCCUGUAGGACGGUCUUCCCAGUCCAUUUCUCUACCUGGUUCCUUUGCUACUGAGGAAUCACUGAACAACAGAAUGGCUCACAACAGCCAGCAAGAAGGGCUCAAGGCGAGGAAGGAGACAGUGUCCCUACAGGAAACUGAGGCAUUUUCUGCCAGUACAUCUGUGACUCCACCAAGGACACCAGAGUCAGUGCCUUUCAGUCCUGAUGAAGUUACCCUCAUCACCGCCAACUCUCCAGUUGCCUUUCCUAGGAGGGAGAUCCUAACAGCCUCUCUCUCAACUGACAGUCCAUCUCCCUGUGGGGCAUCUGAGACACCCCCAGCUGUCCUCCAAGGUUUCCUACCUGCAAAGACCACUAAGGACCCAUGUGCCAGAGUGGCCAACUCUUAUAGUCCUUCAGCCAGCUACACUGGGGCUGCCCAACACCUAAGGAGCAACUCGUUUCCAGGCUCUCACAGGAAAGAGCAGACUCCAGACCUGCUGGGACUGUCACUUUCUUUCUCUCAUUUGGAAUUACCGCAGAGGCCCCCCAAGCCUGUCAUCUAUGGAUCUGUGAUCCCAAGAAGGGGCAGAAGAAGUAGGGACUGCAUUGUCACUUCAGAGUCCUCUGCUGCCCUUUCCCCCUUGAGACAGGACUCUGAAGAAUUCACUUCAAAUCCAGAGAAGCCCAGGAAUCUUCAUGGCAGUCAGCCCUGGGGCUCCCCGAGGAACUCAGGCUUUGCCACUGGAUCUUCUACAAAUGGUUCUUCCCCAUCCACUGUCUCCGUGGAUAUGAGGAUCUAUGAACCUCUGCCCCCUCCUCCCCUGGAAAAGAGGCAUGGCCACUCUUCCACGGUGGAGAGAGUUGGUCCUCUCCGUGUAGUGGCCCCCAUGCUGAAGCGGCAUAGUCAUCCGCCAUUGGCCCUAAGUUCAGGGCUACAUGGUCCCCCUAGAGGCCCAUUUCCCCAAGUUCCUGACCCCCUUCUGGCAAAGCAGCACCGACCUCUGCCAUCCACCCCAGAUAGCCCCCACCAUACUCCCUCCAUCCCCUCCAGUCUGAGAUGCAACAAGCCAUUACCCCCAACUCCUGAUUUUCCCCAGUUCCCCCAUUCUACCAUCUCUAAUUCCAGUAUCUCAAGGAUCUACAGGCCUCUACCCCCAGUCCCUAUUGUGGAUCCUUCCUCUGAACCACCCCCAUUACCCCCAAAGACCAGGGUUAGAAGCAGGAGUACUCUGGGAGGAGUUAUGAAUUCAAGGGGUCAAUCCAAACCAAGGCCCACUGGCCAUGACUGGACAGUCUCCACUCCUCUCUCUGCUGGACGGACUUCCUGGCCUCCAGCCACAGGCAGAUCAACAGAGACUGUGGCUCCCACCAAUAGGGCUAAAACUGAAGCAUCCCCUGGCCUGGCUUUCAGCAACAUGACGAACCUUCUAAAUCCCUCUUCUCCCACCACUCCCUGGACCCCAGAGCUUCAGAAACCCACCAGUAAAGAUGAGCCAGGGCUCACAGAAGAGUCUGAGGCUCCUAUGAAAGGACUGUUGAGAAGAUCAGCCCCUCAGGAGGGAGCUAGUGACCCGAGGAGGUCAGCUUUAGUCCUAACAAAGCAGCCAGAAAAACCCAGCCACCCCCAACUGGAGAAGGCUUCCAGCUGGCCCCACAGGCGGGACUCAGGGAGAACAGAGAAUAGCAGUGAACAGGCUGACCUGGGCCACGGACCCAGCAAGCAUAAGGGCUGGAACCGGCAAGGUCUGCGCAGACCUUCCAUCUUGCCUGAGAACUCUUCAGAUUCAAGAGGUCCAACCAUGGGACGAGUCGGCCCCUCAGAUUCCGUUGUUUUUCGGGAGAAGAAAUCCAAGGAGGGGGGAGGGGGCUUUUCCAGACGCUGCUCCAAGCUCAUCAACUCCUCCCAACUACUUUACCAGGAGUACAGUGAUGUUGUUUUGAACAAGGAGAUCCAGAGCCAGCAGAGGCUAGACCACCUGGCCGAGGCACCUGGGCCCAACUCCCCCCGGCAGCCUCGAAAAGCACUUGCGACUUCAGACUCCUACGUGCAGCGCCUUUCCAUGGCCUCUCGUGCCUCCCUCUGGCAGGAGAUCCCUUUGGUCCGCAAUAGUACCAUACUGCUCUCCAUGACCCAUGAAGACCAAAAACUGCAAGAGGCCAAAUUUGAGCUGAUUAUGUCAGAGGCCUCCUACCUGCGCAGUCUGAACAUCGCUGUGGAUCAUUUCCAACAUUCAGCCCAACUCCGGCUCACCCUUUCCACCCAGGACCACCAGUGGCUCUUCUCUCGUUUACAGGAUGUGCGAGACGUCAGCACCACGUUCCUUUCAGACCUAGAAGAGAACUUCGAGAACGACAUCUUCUCCUUCAAAGUGUGUGAUGUAGUCUUGAAUCAUGCCCCAGAAUUCCGCCGGGUCUACCUGCCUUAUGUCACCAACCAGACCUAUCAGGAACGCACCUUCCAAAGCUUAAUGAAUAGCAACAGCAGUUUCCGAGAGGUCUUGGAGAAGCUGGAGAGUGACCCAAUCUGCCAACGCCUGUCCCUCAAGUCCUUUCUGAUUCUGCCCUUCCAGCGCAUUACCCGUCUCAAGCUGCUGCUCCAGAACAUUCUGAAGAGAACACAACCUGGCUCCUUAGAGGAAGCAGAGGCAACAAAAGCACACCAUGCUCUGGAGAAGCUGAUCCGAGACUGCAAUAACAAUGUGCAGAGCAUGCGGCGGACAGAGGAGCUGAUCUACCUGAGCCAGAAGAUUGAGUUUGAGUGCAAAAUAUUCCCGCUCAUUUCACAAUCUCGCUGGCUGGUGAAGAGUGGGGAGCUGACAGCCCUUGAGUUCAGUGUCUCCCCAGGGUUGCGAAGGAAACUGAACACGCGUCCAGUCCACCUGCAUCUCUUCAAUGACUGUCUGUUGCUGUCCCGGCCCCGAGAGGGCAGCCGGUUCCUGGUAUUCGACCACGCUCCAUUCUCCUGCAUCCGAGGGGAGAAGUGUGAAAUGAAGCUGCACGGACCCCACAAAAACCUCUUCCGCCUCUUCCUGCGGCACAAUGCACAGGGCACCCAAACCGAGUUCCUCUUCCGCACCGAGACUCAAAGUGAAAAGCUGCGGUGGAUCUCAGCCUUGGCCAUGCCAAGGGAGGAACUAGACCUGCUGGAGUGUUACGAUUCGCCACAAGUCCAGUGCCUUCGAGCCUACAAGCCCCGAGAGAAUGACGAGCUGGCACUGGAGAAGGCGGAUGUGGUGAUGGUGACUCAGCAAAGCAGCGAUGGCUGGCUGGAGGGGGUGAGACUCUCAGAUGGGGAGCAAGGCUGGUUCCCUCUGCAGCAAGUAGAGUUCAUUUCAAACCCAGAAGUCCGUGCACAAAACCUCAAGGAAGCCCAUAGAAUCAAGACUGCCAAGCUUCAGCUGGUAGAACAGCAGGUCUAACUGUUUUCCAUGAGGAAUCUUCGAAGCCUAAGAACAAGUGUUCCUGGAGAUGGUUCAUCCCAGAACCAGGCUGCAGAUGCCCUCUAUGGACCAGGAACUUAGCCUUCUGAAAGCCCAUGGACAAAGCCCUACUAGCCUAUUCCCUCACCCCAGGACUUCUUUGCGUUUUGUGUUUGGUAGGGGAUAUUGAGGGAUUUCACACUGGAUUCUGAGAGCCUUUCUUCUAAACGUACUAUGGGACCUGAGCCUGGGAGCUAUCAUUCUGCCAUAUAGUACUUCAACAUGCUCUGUUGUCUGAGUGCAGAUUCAGAGCUGGUCAGACUCUUGGUCAUGGCUGUACAUUAGUAGACCCUGGCCUCAGUCCACAGGAGGAAGGUGACUAAGGGGAAUUAGCACAUCAGAUGGGAAGGUGAGCCUGGUAACCUCUAAGGUAUCUUCCAAUAGAGAGAUUCUCCAUAGUUGUUGGUGUGAGCUCAGUUUCUGUGUCUUGGUGGCAAUGUGAGGGUGGCAUUCUCUCACUCUAAUAAACUUGGCACUUCUCUGAGUGUUUUCUUCUCAGACGCCUCA